GUUCCGAAAGCGACACCGGACCAAGAUGGCGGGCGAAUCGUCCAGGUCUUCGCGGGGUCCGGCGUCUUCGUCGUCUUCGGCGGGCAGCGUGAACGCGUUCGCCAACGACGGCAGCUUCCUCGAGAUGUUCAAGAAGAAGAUGGAGGAGGAGCAGGAGGCGAGGAGACUCGCGGGCGACGCCGCCGCCCAACACGACGACUGCGGCGGCGACGGCGACGACGACGACGAUGCGGCCUCUUCCACUAGGCCGCCGCCUCCCGCGCCUUGCCUGGCGCCCGGCCCGGCCGAGGGCGAGGGAGCCCCGGUGAAACUAAAUUCGGAGCCCGGCCCGGCCGAAGAGAAGAAAAGGCAGAUGUUCGGCCUUAUUGGGCGACGACGAGGUGGGAAAGUCCUCAAGACGGGCAUGGUGGCCAAGAAGCACAAGAUAGACGAGGAGGAGGAGGCGGCGCAGAAGGGCGACACGUGGGCCAAAUACAUGGCCGAGGUGAAGAAAUACAAAGCACACCAGUGCGGGGACGAUGACAAGAAUCGGCCACUGGUCAAAUGACGAGGGUCCCCCAUCCCUCGGUGGGGGAAGGGGGGGGGGGGGGGCGCCGCCACCACCACCGCGCCACCCUUGUGUUGGCGAGCUGGCGCUUGACCCAGUUAUAGUCGCGCGCAGGGAGCUCGCGUGCAUGCCACCACUCCUAACACGCAGGCCUCCUUCAAAAAACGGUAGCGAAUUUCCAAGCGAGGGGAAGAGAGAACAAACAAAAAAAUCCAACCAACCGCUGUCGCCGCUGCUUAGUUUCACGUCGCUCACCCUCUCGCCCAUCCCGCCCGCCUUUCCGUGCGUGCACCAUCCCGUUCGUGCGUGCACCUUCCAAUCUGUGCGUGCGCCCGACCGCUUUGUCUGCCCCCUUUUUUUGUUUAGUCUCGUGCUCCCCUGCCCCCCCCCCCUCCCCCCCGAUUGUCCCUCGCCCAGUAGGGGCAGUCGUCCGAAGCGGAUUUAGUGAGUCGCUGCGAUUUUAUUGCUAACGGACAGUUUGGCCAUUCCGCUGUACAGUAUGAAGUCUGGUGUUGCUGCGUAUUGUGUAUAAAGUAUUUGUGUUGAACGCU